UUUAAAAAACAUCCUUACUACUAAUCAGUCUAAACAUGGCCACUUCUCCCCCUUUAAAAUUUAAAUUUUUAUUACAGUUAAAAAACAUUUAAAAAGAAUGUCAACAUAACGAGAGACAAGCUGUAAAUAGUAAGAAAGCUCCACAAAAUAACGUAAACUGAACGUUUAAUGAAGGCAUACUGUUUUGUGCACUAUUCAGGGUGCUUGUGGGCCGUUUGGGACGCAGCCUUGGAGUUUGCUGAAAGAACUUGAGGAUUUGGCAAUGGACAAAAGUGGAGGAAUGUUAGAGAUAUCAAUAAUUAAGGUUGUGGAUCCAGGAUGUUUGUGGGGAAAAGUUGUGAAAGGACCUGGCAUGCAAGCUGAGAACCCUCGUGAAUAUGAGGACCUGCAGACUAAAAUGAAUCUUUUCUAUCAUGAUGUAAACCUGGAGGUGCAGGAAAUAAAGCCAACUACGCUUGAGGAAGGACAGCUGUGUGCGGUGUUUUGCCCAGUGCUGAAGAGCUGGUGUAGGGCCACAGUGGAGUCUCUCUUUGUGGGAACAGUAGGCAGUCAGGCCAUGUGUUUUUUGGUGGAUCAUGGAGAGCGUUUCAUCAUCAAUACAGAUGAUGUGAGGGCUCUUCUUGAGAAGUUCCUUCAGCUGCCUUUCCGAGUGCGAAGGUUUCAAUUGGCGAGGAUCUACCCUAUGAGACUCAAGGUGUCCAUCUCCACUGAGACGGCAGAGCUAGUUCCAUCACCCUGCUGGGAUGUCUCUGCCACAAAAUACUUGCACAAUCUUCUAAAAGUGUCUACUCUGGUGGAGGCAGUCCUGUGUGAGACCAAUGCUGAUUGCACUGCAGUUGAGUUGUACUUAACCAUCAGGAAUGUGAAGAUCUGUGUGAAUGAUGAUUUAGUUGUAAAGAAAUUUGCUUGCUAUUCAAGUGAGAAGGCCAUUACAGAGGAGCAAAAUGAGUCUUUAGAUCGAUCGCUUGUAAGCCUUGCCUGGGACAUGUUCUCCAGACCUCAGCAGAUCCUGGAAAUGAAUGGGUGCUGUACAGUGAGGUCACAUUUUCCACGUGUUGUGCCCAAAAAGGAAACAGAACAGCUGGGCCUAACAUUGCUAGCGAAUCCUCCAAUGUCUGUUGUGAAAUCCCCUCAUCCCACUGUGGAAGUUUCUGCUAUGGAAACUAAAACAGAAACCAGUGGUGUAAGUGAAGAAGAUGAAUCCACUUGGAGCCUUGAAAAAGAUGACUGCGUUACUGGUAACUCUGAACAGACAGAGAAUACAGAAGGUGCCCUUGCAGAGCAGUUGUCUCUAAAGCUGAACUUAAUCAGGGUCAUGAAGUUUCUGAAUCCCUUCUCACAUCUAAACUUGAUUGAAGAGCCUAAUGAAGCUGAUGAGCAGAAACAGACCUCUCAUGGUGAAUCAGCAGCAGAGAAGAGUGAUUUGACCCUGUCCCAGUACCUUGAAGAAGAUUCUGCUAUCUGCCUUGAAAUGGAAAAAACUACUAAAUCAAGUGCACAGAAUGACUCUGACCUGAGUCACAGUACUUCAAACGACACCUCUACAGAACUGAAAGAGACAGAUUUUUCUCAAGAGUCAAAUGCCAAAGACCAGUUAUCCUGUGCCAGACUGCUACAGUUACUAAAUCCAGAUCCAUUAAAUUUGGACACUGAAUGUAUCGAAGACAAUAUUGUGUGCUAUGAGCCCACCAGGAGAGGGGUAUUGGUGCAUUCGGCAGUCACUGUAAACCCCUGCAGUAACCUCAGCCUUGCCCCCAUUACUGAGCAAUUUCGAAAGUUCCUGUUGAGAAGGAAGUACAAUGGACCAGGCCUUGCUGAGAGCUAUGCCUGGCCUUCUGUUGCACGGGGUUGUGAUACAGUGUUGGUUGUCCACGGUGGAAAUGAUCCCCUCACUUACAUUCCCCCUUUACUGGCUCAGCUGCAGAUGGCCUCUGUGUUUAGUGCUCUUAAUACACGGAAAGGGCCAAUAGCAGUGAUCCUUUGUCCAGGCUGGGAAAAGGUGCAGUAUGUGUUGGAUCUGCUGGAGGACAGCCAGGCUGCUGCGAGUCUCCACCCUGCUGCUGUGUUGCUUGGGCUGAAGAAGGAUGAGGCCAAAAAUGCCAAGAUCCAGAAAAACUGUCAGUUGUUGGUUACCACCCCCUUUAGCCUGGCUCGGCUGCUUGAAGUACACUGCUUCCUGUUCCUUAGACUCUGCCACCUGGUUCUGGAUGAAGUGUCUGAGCUCUACUCACGAGCACCUGAUCAGAUGUCAGCCAUCUUAAAACAUUUCCGUGAAGUGGCAAGGGAAAAGAGUCUUGAGUGUUCACAGCAGACUGUCGCUGUGAGCAACCAGUGGAGUCGAGAGUUGGAUGGCCUGAUUACGGAGCACAUGGUCAGCCCCUGUGUUGUUGUCACUGUUCCAGAAGAAGCAGCCGUGUAUGGCGGAGUUCUUCAGACAGUCCUGUUGUGUCUGGACUGCAACAAGACCUCGGUGAUGCUCAGCUCUCUGGACUUCAGUCCCUCUGUUCCCCAGAAAACCCUCAUCGUAACAAACUCGGUUGAAGAAGUGGAGCAUGUAUACAAGGCUGUCAGCAACACGGCAGCAUUCUCCUUGAAAGCUCAUGAAGGCCUUUCUUACCAGUUUGACUUUGUGGUUGAGCAGUGGAAAAAAGACAUUGGUUCAGGCACCCAGGUCAUUUUAGUGACCACUAAUGAUUCCAUGAAGGCUCUUGGUAUCAGAGAUGCCACAUGUGUGGUGCAUUACGGGUUCCCAGGCUCACCGAAACUGUUUGGGAAUCGAUUGUUCUGCAUGUCUGACAACUUUCAGAAUCAAGCUAAAAAGAGCUCCUCUCCUGUGGUGCGGUCUGUAAUGCUGCUGUCGGAGCGAAAUGCUCGUCAUGUAUCUGGAGUGCUGCGCUACCUGAAGCGUACUUGUGCUACACUGCCCCCGGAGCUUCUGCAGUUCUCUGAAGGAGUCCAGCAGGCCAAGGAAGAGCAAAAAAUUGGCAGAGCACUCUGCAGCCAUUUAAAGAGCCUGGGUUUCUGCAGGGAGAGUGCAGUUUGCCCAGACAGGCAUAUAAUCAACAGAACACUUGAUCAUCCCCUCCACCCUGACUCGGGGACUGUCCAGGUUUUGCCUCUUUACAUAAAGAGUGCAAAUGUGUACUACGGACGAAUUGUGAGCCAGAAACAAGACCAGUUCAAAGACUUGGCUGCUGAGAUGAACUCACACUAUACUGAAGAAAGAGUUUUUGCAAAGGAUGUGGUGAAGGGAGGCCUUUAUGCUGUACAUGAGGAGGAAGAAUAUCAUAGGGUCUGUGUUACUAAAGUGCCAGAUAAAGAAGAUAAACUGUUCAGCAGUGUCACGGCUCAUUUUAUUGAUGAUGGCUAUGUACAGGAAGUGAAGUCACAUCAACUUUUGCAGCUUCCUUCUGAGUUCCAGAGCUUGCCUGGUCAAGCUGUGGAGAUAAUUUUGUGCAGGGUGCAACCCAUCGAUGGAGAGAUGGACUGGAAUCCAAAGGUAACCAGAGCCAUCAGUCUGAAGAUCAAGGGAAAGCUACAUCAAGCCAAACUGAUAAAGUGCUUGGGCAGUACUGUAUGGGUUGAUCCAAUGAUCCGUGUGACACGUGUGCCUGGCCUGAGCAGCUUUAUUAACGAGUAUAAUGUCCACGAUGAGAUUAUUGCGACUGGGAUGGGCACCAUAAACUCACAGCACCUGGAGCUGCUGAAGACACUGUGCUUUGGAGAGGAGGCAUCUGCAGCAGUUGUGCCUAGUGGGAGUGAAAGAUGUGAGAGUGAGGAGCUAAGGGUUCAGGCUGCUGAAGAAGCUCUGGCCAGUAGGAUGAAGGCUGCAUUUCCCAGCCUCUGCAGUGUAGAUAAACUUACUGCUAACUACCACAGUGCAGAUAUCUGUGAGCCUUCAGAAGUCAUGAAAAACAUUAGGCCAACUCAGAUUACAGUACCUAAUGGAGGGUUGAGUAUAGCCACCAUGGUAGAUGAUGGGCAAAUUGAUAGGUCAGUGCAACCAAGAUUACUACCCCUGGUCUGGACUGCUGCAGUAUCAAACAGUUCACAAAAAGAAACUACAGGUGAAACCGAGAUGGCUGAAAUUUUGCACACUGAGAAAAGUGUGGAUCUUGUACCUCAAAGUUUUCACCCACAGAUCAAGUGGUUUCAACGGGAAGAGUCUGUCACUCUUAAAGUAAAGCUUGUCAACCCCAUGAUGCAGAAGUGUGAAUUUUUCUCUGACAGAGUGCUUUACAGUUCUUAUGUAAGAAGCCGACGUUACUGCGCUGAUCUAGAGUUGCACAGUGACAUCCGGACUGAACAGUGCAAAUGGGAAAUGAAGUGCAAUGAGCCAGAGAUAACACUGGUGAAGAAGGAGAAAGGAUUGUGGAAAUCACUUCUCAAAUGCAAGAAUACUUUUGUAAGCUAUGACUUUGACCACAUUGAGGAUGAGGACAAGCCUGCUACAAAUGAUUGCUCGUUUCUGGCAAGCACUGGAGAGGUGGGCAUCUAUACAAAUUCAGGAAGUGGGAGUGAUAGUGACUGAAUGUCCAAGAUCUUGCUGGUAAUAAAGAGGUGGAGCUGCAUUUUCUGAAAUAGUGAAGCACUAUUGAAUACCUUGAAUACCUUUGGGAUGAGUUGGAGUCCUGUUUGUGAUAGCAGAACUGCUCAACAUUAGAAUAUUAUGCUACUAUACAUUUUUUGUGAUUGAAUGCAAUCAGAUCCUCAAACAGUCUUCCAAAUUCUAGUCUAAAGUUAUUUCAUAGAAGAAGCAACUGGACAAAUUUCAAAUUAAUGACCUUGAUUUCAGGAAAAAAGGUGAAUGAGAACAUGUUUACUAUUCCUAACACUUUCUUUGCUUUUCCAUACUGAAGCUGAAUUUACUUCAUCUGUCUUAAGCACAUUGCUCGAGACGUAAACAGGCUUUUUUAGCUGGUUCUAGUCAGUCUAAUCUGGCCUUGUUCUUUAGUGUUAAGAGUGUUUUACAUAUUGGAGUAAAUACUCUUUGUUUACUAGUUAAUGACGCCUAAAUGCAAGUAGACUUUGAAUGUUUCGCCUACCUUUGUCAGUGCUUUCUUCACUUUACAAGGCGCUUAUUUUUCAGUAAGGGAUCUCUAAUAAUCUAACUAAUCUUCUGCAUUAGUUUUCUUUCAGUUUUUUGUGUUUCCAAAAUUGCCAGAGCAUUAGUAUUAAUUUAGUAUUUUUUGCUGUCUCUCUGGUCAGGCAUUUACAUAUGCUUAUAAUAGACAUGCAUGUCAUGGCAAUAUUGGGCUUUCAGUGAUUUUCUUUGUACUGUUAUUUUCUGGGGUAAAAUGAAUUUACAUCUUUAUUUGGUAGGUUAGGGGGAUUAUAGACAAAUAGCUACUGUAAGAAAAGUAUUCCUUAUUCAACAAUUACAAUACUAUGCAAAGGUAAAUUCUAAUUGCUAACAAAUAGCUAAAUAUUUCCGAUAAACACUUGUGAAACAGGGCUCCUUCGUCUUCCAAUUUUACAAAUUUUGGUCAGUGUUGACAAAUGUCUACACUACAGUCAGAACCUUAAGGUUGUCGAUAAUGUUAGCCUGCUUUCUACUUUCCACAACCACCUGUUUGCUUUUGGUCAUUGUCUUGCUGGAAAUCCCACCUGUGUCCAAUUUGAUGUAGGCCUUCUUCAUUAUUCUCCACACUAUUUAUUAGUAGCAAUGUACCCACAGAGCAUGUUACUACAACCAGCAUACAUACUGUACCUCUAGAAGGAUACAGUUCAGUGGACAGUAAAGCACCACUAAAUUAAUUGUUGUAAGUUGGUGUACAGUGGCUUGGAGAAAAAAUCAUACCCUUUGAACUUUUUCACAUUUUGUCCCUUUACAACCACAAACUUCAAAAAAGUGUAUUUUUUUUUAUUUUAAGUGAUAGACCAACACAAAAUAGAAAAUAAUUGUGAAGUGGAAUGAAAAUGAUACAUAGAUUUAAAAAAAAUGAAUCAAAUAAAUAUCUGAAAAGCAUGAUGUGUAAAAGGAUUCAGCCCCCCUAUAUCAAUACUUUGUAUAGCCACCUUUUACUGCAAUUACAGCUGCAAGUCCAGCUUUGCACAUCUAGAGACUGAGAUUUUUGCUCAUUCUUCUUUACAAAACAGCUCAAGCUCAGCCAGGUCGGAUGGAGAGCGUCUGUGAACAGCAUUUCCACUGUAGCUCUGGCUGUAUGUUUAGAGUCAUUGUCUUGAAUCUCCUUCUCAGUCUCAAGUAUUUUGCAGCCUCCACCACGUUUUCUUCCAGGAUUGCCCUGUAUUUAACCCCAUUCAUCUUUUUAUCAUCUCUGACCAACUACCCUGGCCCUGCUGGAAAAAAGCAUCCCCACAUGAUGCUGCCACCACCAUGUUUCACAGUGGGGAUAAUUUGUUCAGGAUGAUGAGCAGUGUUACUUUUCCCCCCCCAAAUACCAUUUUACAUUUAGAACAAAACGAUUAGCUUUGGUCUCAUCUGACCACAGCAUCUUCUUCCAUAUUUUGGCUGUACAAACAGCACUUUUUCAUAUCUUUUUUUAAAAAAUGGCUUUUUUCUAGACACUCUUCCAUAAAGGCCAGAUUGUGAAGUGCACAAGUUGUCCUGUCGACAGAUUCACCCACCUGAGCUGUGGAUUUAUGGAGCUCCUCCAGAGUGACCAUGAUCCACUUGGCUGCUUCUCUGACCAGUGCUCUCCUUGCUUGAUAUGUCAGUUUGGGUAGACAGCCAUGACUUGGUAGGUUUGCAGGUGUAGAAUACAUUUUCUAUUUUUGGAUGAUGGAUUGUACAGUGCUCCUUGGGAUGCUUAAAGCUUGGGAUGUGUUUUAUAACAUAACCCUGCUUUAAACUCCUCCAAAACUUUAUCUCUGACCUGUCUGGUGAGUUCCUUGGUCUUCAUGAUGCUGUUUGUUUACUAGCGUUCUCUAACAAACCACUGAGGGUUUCACAUAAGAGCUGUAUUUAUACUGAGACUAAAUUACACACACCUCUAUAAAAUACUUUUAAGUUUGUGACAAAAUGUGAAAAAGGGGUAUAUUACUUUUUCUUUUGCUGCCCACACUAUCUAACGUAGAAGGCAGUGUCAAGAUUCAGCUUCUAAAUCAGCAACGCAAAAGCUUGAGUCAGAAUGAAAAGCACAGAGAAUAAUCUUGUAUAGUCAGACUGUUGCAGCGAUAAGGCUUUUGCUGCAUGCAUGGCCGAGCAUCAAAACAAAACAACGAGCGUCAAAGAGACCCACCAAGUUUCAUUCUUGUUGGUUGAUUCCUUGUGAGUACAACUAUAAUUUUUGUAUUUUUUUGGACAUGUGUGUAUAUUUCUCAACCCCUAUUGAUUUUCAGAAAAAAAAUUAAACUUGUCUACCAAUUUGCCACUAUGAUCAGUCAUAAUGAGUCGGUAGAGUAGGUUGAGUAAUUGAUCUUGUAAAUUGGGGAGAAACUAAGAUAAAAUUAAAAUAAAAUAAUAUAAAAAAAGAAAAGUAGACUAAUGCACUUAUUGGAAGAGGAACAUCAAGCAUGGACGGUCCAUGGCUAAGACCUGUGUGCUCUAUGGUGUCCUAAUCAGAAUUGUAGUCAAUUAGCCCUCAGCCUUCAAAAAAAAACAAAAAAAAAACAGGAGUUUAAAUGUUGAAUAGCCCUGAUAUAGUGUAUGUUGUUCUCAUUCUGACCUACAAAAUAGCAUUUCUGAGAUCCAAUUAAAAGUUCAAUGUUUCCAUGGCACUUGCGAUAACGAAUGAGUUUAUGGAAACCUCCUGCAAUUUUUCUUUUUUUUUUUUUUUUUUUUUUUUUUUUUUUUUUUUUU